AUGGGCCCGCGCCUCUGCCCCCGCCGCGCGGCCCUGCUCCCCGGCGGCCUCCUGCUCCUCCUGAUGCUCGCGGACCCGGCGCUUCCGGCCGGACGCCCCCCUCCGGUGGUCCUGGUGCCUGGUGAUUUGGGCAACCAGCUGGAGGCAAAGCUGGACAAGCCGAAGGUCGUGCACUACCUCUGCUCCAAGAAGACGGACAGCUACUUCACCCUCUGGCUGAACCUGGAGCUGCUGCUGCCCGUGAUCAUCGACUGCUGGAUCGACAACAUCAGGCUGGUCUACAACAGGACGUCCCGGGCCACCCAGUUUCCCGAUGGGGUGGAUGUGCAUGUCCCCGGCUUUGGACAGACCUUCUCCCUGGAGUUCCUGGAUCCCAGCAAAAGCAGUGUGGGUUCCUAUUUCCACACCAUGGUAGAGAGCCUUGUGAGCUGGGGCUACACAAGGGGUGAGGACGUCCGGGGGGCCCCUUAUGACUGGCGCCGAGCUCCAAAUGAGAAUGGGCCCUACUUCCUGGCCCUCCGGGAGAUGAUCGAGGAGAUGCACCAGCUGUAUGGGGGCCCCGUGGUGCUGGUUGCCCACAGCAUGGGCAACAUGUACACGCUCUACUUUCUGCAGCGGCAGCCACAGGCCUGGAAGGACAAGUACAUCCGUGCCUUCGUGGCACUGGGUGCGCCCUGGGGGGGCGUGGCCAAGACCUUUCGCGUCCUGGCCUCAGGGGACAACAACCGGAUCCCGGUCAUUAGUCCCCUGAAGAUCCGGGAGCAGCAGCGGACUGCCGUCUCUACCAGCUGGCUGCUGCCCUACAACUACACCUGGUCCUCCGAGAAGGUCUUCGUGCGCACGCCCACGGCCAACUACACGCUGCGCGACUACCGCCAGUUCUUCCAGGACAUGGGCUUCGAGGACGGCUGGCUCAUGCGGCAGGACACGGAGGGGCUGGUGGAAGCCUCGGUGCCGCCCGGCGUGCCCCUGCACUGCCUCUACGGCACUGGCGUCCCCACCCCGGAUUCCUUCUACUACGAGAGCUUCCCGGACCGCGACCCCAAGAUCUUCUUCGGCGACGGCGACGGCACCGUGAACUUGCAGAGUGCCCUGCAGUGCCAGGCCUGGCGCAGCCACCAGGAGCAGCAGGUGUCCCUGCAGGAGCUGCCGGGCAGCGAGCACAUCGAGAUGCUGGCCAACGCCACUACCCUGGCCUACCUGAAGUUCCUGCUCCUGAGGCCCUGA